AUGGCGCAGACAAGCUCGCUGCCAACAUCCAUCGCAGGCUUCACGCCCAUUCCAGUGUCCUAUUCGCAAAGCUCGAUCCAUAUACUCUAUGCACGAGCUCACACCGGGUCUCACAAGCCAAAAUCAAACGCGAAAGGGAAGAACGUCGACUUGCCCGAUGCUCGGACACUCUUUCUCGUCAACGUCCCUGUGGAUGCGACGGAACGCGAGUUGACUCUAUUCUUCAAAUCCUGUGGGACCGUCGAAAGGAUAGUUUUUCAUGGUGAGGGCGAUGGAGCGGAGGUGCCCGAGGAGGAGAGCGAGAGCGAGGGGGAAGGGGAGGAGGGAAGCAAUGCAGGCGAGGAUGCCGACGACACGGCGCCCGAAGAACGUCCCCGGAAAAAGAGGAAAACGGGCAAAGACGCUGUCCCGCAGAUCGUUCCUUUACCGUCCGUUGAGCUGAGAAAAUUUCGGUGCACAGGCCGCUCCGCGCACAUCAUAUUCCUGGACGACACGUCGCUGUCACGCGCUCUCCAGCAACCAUCGAGGCCGAAGCCAUGGCAGAUCGACCAAUCCGCCCCGAUGGGAUUGUCACAUUACAGGGCUUUGUACGACUCCCUCCGGCCUCCCCUCGAUGUCGUGAGAGCACAUGCAGACUCAUAUAUGGAGCUCUUCGAGCAUGAACAGGCGAAGAAGAGGCAGGAGAGUAAAUAUCGGAUGGGCGAGGCGGUGGUGGAUGAGGACGGCUUCACGCUGGUCACGCGUGGUGGUGCGUACGGAAAAACGCUGGGAGGAGGGGUAGGCGUGGCAAGCAAGAAGUUCCAGGGCAACACAGAGAGUGGCGGAAAACGGGCAAGGAGAAACAAAAAGGAGAAGGGAGAAAAUGACAACUUCUACGCGUUCCAGAUACACGAGAAGAAGCGGCAAGAACUUAUCGAUCUCAAGAGGAAGUGGGAGGAGGACAAGGCGAAAGUGGAGAAGUUAAAGCAGUCAAGGAAAUUCAGACCAUACUGA